AUGCACGAAGCAAAGUCUGUCAACACACCUUUUGCAGCUCAUUUCAAGCUAUCAUCCGCUUUGAGUCCUACUAAUGAGACUGAUAUGGCUUACAUGGCACGUGUUCCAUACUCUAGUGCUAUAGAAAAUCUAUAUAAAGGAUUUUUAAAAUUGAAGGAGAAAUUGGUUUGUGUGGUGACCACGCAUAAUACAAGUGGCCAAUCGAUACACGAUUCUAUCGAAACCUUCGUUUCGCUUGCUCCCCAAGCGUUAAUCGACGAUCUCUUUGUCCGUCUCCCCUAUAAUUCCGCUCGCCGCUCCAAUUCGUACCUCAUCGCCGAUUCAAUCUCGACAAUUUCUUUUUCAAACUCGCCUCCGACUUCCAAUCAGGUGGAUAUGAGCUCUCACGUUCGAAGUGAUAGAAGAGAUAACAGACCUAGGUUUCCUCGUCGUCAAGAAUGGAUUCCCAGAGGAUCCACUGCCACGAUCACCACCACUGCAGUGGAUGCUAAUUCCUCGUCAACAGUUGCUCCAGUUCCAGAUGCAAAUGGUGGGGAACCUAAUAUUAGAUCAGGUCCACCGCCUCAAAACGCUCAUAAUAGAGGAAAUGUUGGGGUACAGAGAAGGCAGCAGCAUAUACCUCGGGUAAAUCAGACUAGAGAUAGAAGAAAGGAUGCUCCUCGCGAGGAGAGAGAUUCAAAAGGCACGACAGGAGCUUUACCUCAACUUGUUCAAGAAAUUCAAGACAAACUUCUAAAAGGGACGAUCGAAUGCAUGAUAUGUUAUGAUAUGGUGAGGCGUUCUGCCCCUGUUUGGUCCUGUUCAAGCUGCUUUUCAAUCUUCCAUUUACAUUGUAUCAAGAAGUGGGCUAGGGCACCUACUUCCAUCGACUUAUCUGCAGAGAAAAAUCAAGGAUUCAAUUGGCGAUGCCCUGGAUGUCAAUCAGUUCAGCUCACAUCCUCAAAAGAUAUCCGUUAUGUUUGUUUCUGUGGAAAAAGACAGGAACCACCUUCCGAUCCAUAUCUAACCCCUCAUUCUUGUGGUGAACCUUGUGGAAGACCACUUGAGAAAGAAGUUGUUGGUUCUGGUGUUAGCAGAGAUGAUCUUUGCCCUCAUAGGUGUGUUCUCCAAUGCCACCCUGGACCAUGUCCACCUUGUAAAGCUUUUGCCCCACCAAGACCAUGUCCAUGUGGGAAGAAAACCAUCACCACAAGAUGCUCCGAUCAGAAAUCCGUUGUCACGUGUGGCCAAAGAUGUGGUAAACCCCGCAAGUGUCUCCGCCACCAUUGUGAAAACACCUGCCAUGUUGGUCCUUGUGAUUCAUGUGAAGUUCCAAUCGAAGCCUCUUGUUUCUGCAAGAAAAACACAGAGGUGGUUGUUUGUGGGGGCAUGGCUGUGAAAGGUGAAGUAAACGUUCAAGAUGGUAUCUUUUCAUGUUCUUCCACUUGUGGGAAGCCUCUCGGAUGUGGUAAUCAUCUGUGUAAAGAAACUUGUCACCCUGGUGUUUGCGGAGACUGUGAUUUGUUGCCUGGAAAGGUGACAUCAUGCUACUGUGGGAAAUCAAGCUUACAGGAGGAAAGACAAAGUUGUUUAGACCCAAUCCCCACAUGCUCACAAACAUGUAACAAAACCCUCCCUUGUGGGUUACAUCAAUGUAAAGAAACAUGUCAUCCGGAGUCAUGUCCACCGUGUCAGGUAAUGGUUACUCAAAAAUGUCGGUGUGGGUCAACUUCAAGAACCGUGGAAUGUUUCAAAACCACCAUGGAAGUCGACACUUUCACAUGUGAUAAACCUUGUGGGCGUAAAAAGAACUGUGGUAGACACCGUUGCAGUGAAAAAUGCUGCCCGCUUUCAAACUCCCACAAUUUGCAUCGGUUCGAGGAUUGGGAUCUACACAUGUGUUCAAAGCCGUGUGAGAAGAAACUAAGAUGCGGGCAGCAUGAUUGUGAAUCUUUAUGUCAUAGUGGGCACUGCCCGCCCUGCCCGGAGACUAUCUUCACCGAUUUAACCUGUGCUUGUGGAAGAUCUUCAAUCCCACCACCACUCCCGUGUGGUACACCGCCACCUUCUUGUCAGUACCCUUGUUCGGUUCCUCAACCAUGUGGUCACGUGUCUUCCCACAGCUGUCAUUUUGGGGAUUGCCCACCAUGUUCGGUUCCUAUACCUAAAGAAUGCAUAGGUGGACAUGUGGUUUUAAGAAACAUACCAUGUGGAUCAAAAGAUAUCAGAUGUAAUAAAAUUUGUGGGAAGACAAGGCAAUGUGGGAUGCAUGCUUGUUUAAGGACAUGCCACCCGUCUCCAUGUGAUUCCUCUGGUGGUUCCACUUCCGGCGUGAAGGCUUCGUGUGGUCAGACAUGCGGUGCUCCCCGGAGAGACUGCCGCCACACGUGCACCGCCCUUUGCCACCCAUUCAACCAGUGUCCAGAUGUAAGAUGCGAGUUCCCUGUCACAAUCUCAUGCUCUUGUAAUCGGAUCACCGCCACUGUCCCUUGUGAUGCUGGCGGCAGCAACAGUGGUUACAACGCCGACACCGUUCUAGAAGCUUCCACAAUCCAGAAAUUACCGGCCCCACUUCAACCGGUGGAAUCAAACGGAAAAAAGAUUCCACUGGGACAACGGAAGUUGGUUUGUGAUGAUGAAUGUUCGAAAAUGGAACGGAAAAAAGUUCUCGCGGAUGCUUUCGGUGUCACCACUCCGAAUCUAGACGCGCUUCAUUUCGGUGAGAAUACCGCUGUUGCUGAUAUGGUAGGCGACUUAUUUAGACGCGAUCCGAAAUGGGUUUUGGCGGUGGAGGAGCGGUGCAAGAUGGUGGUUCUUGGCCGGAGCCGUGGCGGCUUGGCGGCGGCUCUCAAAGUCCAUGUGUUUUGUCCGAUGUUGAAAGAGAAAAGGGACGCGGUGAGGCUGAUAGCAGAGAGGUGGAAGCUCUCGAUAAGUGCAGCCGGUUGGGAACCGAAACGCUUCAUUGUGGUUCAUGCUACACCCAAGUCUAAACCCCCGGCUCGGAUUCUUGGAGCUAAAGGGGUGAACCCAACGAGCAUGGUGCAACCGCUUGGGUUCGACCCGUUGGUGGACAUGGACCCGAGGUUGGUUGUGGCUUUGUUUGAUUUGCCUAGUGAUGCGGAUGUGAGUGCUUUGGUUUUGAGAUUUGGUGGUGAAUGUGAAUUGGUGUGGUUGAAUGAUAAGAAUGCAUUGGCGGUGUUUAGUGACCCGGCUCGGGCGGCAACCGCCAUGCGCCGCUUGGAUCAUGGGUCGGUUUAUUACGGUGCAGCGGUGGUUGGGGUUGUGUCGAAUGGUGGAGGUAAUGUUUGGGGUGGCAGUGGUGGUUCGACAGUUAAGGACCAUGUGAACCCAUGGAAGAAAGCGGUGGUGCAGGAGUCGUCCACCACCGGAGAUUGGGGGCAGAGUUCAUGGAGUGUUUCCGAUGAGUGGGCUGGUGGCAGUUCGGCGGUGAAAGAGGUUCCGAUCACUUCGUCGGCGAAUAGAUGGAGUGUUUUGGAGUCGGAAGGUGGCGGCAGUUUGGCGGAGGAGUCUGGGAAAGUUGUGGUGGGUGAGGGUGAAGCAACGGGGAAACAGGAGGAGAACUUGGAGGUGGUGGAGGACUGGGAGAAGGCGUAUGACUGAGUGAGUGGUAUUGGGUGGAUCUUUUUGCAAUUUGACCGAACUGCCCGUGAUUUUGUUGCAACGUGAGGGUAGAGGAUCAUUAAUGCUUUGAUUUGGGUUGAUGUUGCAUUGUUGGCAGAUGUACUUUUUUUUUUUUUUUUGUAAAGUGGCU